AGCAGACAAGCGCCACAAAUCACAUAUGUCUGCAGCUCAGGCAAGAAGAUAUAUCCUGUGUGCUGACUGCAGAAAGAGACGCGUGGUCUAUUCAAGAACUAAACUGACGGUUGACCAGUGCAGACAACUCGAACUUCUGGAUGAUGCAGUCAUCUACACAUGUGGGUCAGCCAUAUUCCCUGAAGAACAUGACCUACAUGAACAGGUGUUCGUUCGUGAGGGACUGAGUUGUCAAACAGAAAUAGAGACAACAUACUACUCAGCAGUUACACAGAACUUUCCUCCGAUAUGUUAUCACUGUGGUGAUACUAACAUUUUGGGGGAAGAAGUUGAGCCUAUCACAGCGCUUCGACAGCAGUACAGCAUUGUGAGGCCGAUAUGCAGAGGAUGUCUUGAGAGUGGCAAGAUGCCCGCUACAAGAAAUGCUCAAAAGAUGAAUCGAAAACGAAAACUUUAAAUGCUAGACUUUCAUUGACUUCAAGUGAUAUUAAUGUCUUUUUUUACUUUUGAAUUGGGCAUUUUUCACUUUUGAAUUGAGCUGAAAAGAAUUAACAGGUCAAAAGAGUUAGUUAAAAUGUGAUUACUGACCAGUUAUCUGCAACUCAUCUUGCUACCAGUUGUUUUUAAAAAUACAUAUUAUAUUCAAUAUUUUACGUGACUCACCCAGUCCUGUCACACUUUUCUGAAUCCUGCGAUAACUUUAAAAACUCUCAAGACAUCCUCUGCAUAUUGGCCUCAC